AACCCAAAAGCCCAUUACUAAAGAGAGUAGUUAAGAUUUAAGAAAUAAUUAGGAGGGUCUAUUUACUAGAAUUAGACGUUUAAGAGUGGAGGCCAAAUUCUUUCUAUUGAACAUUUCACCUUCCCAAAAACAACGCCCAAUUUAGCUACAAUGACAAGGCUUAUAACUGGUUCUCAAUCCUCGUUGCUACUGCCUCAGCUUCAGCCACAUGCUACCUUACCUGGAAGCGGGCUUUUAUCUGUCAAGUAUGGGGGAACCUCUGUUUCUUCUUGUUAUAAGCUCCAUCUGUCUUCAACGGCCAAAUCAAGGAUCUGCCAACACCCUUUAACAUCUUCAAGUUUUUCUCAGCUUAAUACCCGCCUCCAAAGGGGCAUUAUUGCAACAGCUGUUUCCAGCACUUCUAGUCUCGACUUUGAGUCACCAAGUGAGGUGUUUGACGUUAAGCCUGAUUUCUCUAGUGGAGGUGGUGACGAUGGUAGUGGUGGAGAUGCAAGCGGUGGGGGUGGGGGUGGAGAUGCAAGCGGUGGGGGUGGGGGUGGAGAUGGAGGUGAUGACAACAGUGAAAACAAAGGUGAUGAAGGAUCAGAUGAUGCUGAUGCCAAGAAGAGUAAGGGUCUUUCGAUGUCCCAGAAACUUACCCUUGCUUAUGCUGCCCUAGUUGGACUUGGAGGCCUUAUGGGCUACUUAAAGAGCGGCAGCCAGAAGUCACUUGCAUCUGGUGGACUGUCUGCCCUGCUGUUAUACUAUGUCUACACUGAGCUUCCUAAACGUCCUGUCUUUGCUUCUUCAGUUGGGCUCGGCCUGUCUGCUGCACUCCUUGUUGUGAUGGGAUCGCGAUUCAAGAAGUCGGGAAAGGUAUUCCCUGCAGGUGUCGUCUCACUUGUUUCUCUAAUAAUGACCGGUGGUUAUGCUCAUGGGGUUAUGAGAUCUUCGCACUGAAAUGAACUGAUGAAUUGUAGUUCUCAUAGCUGAAAGUGAAGGGUUUUGGUACUCCUAGUCGGAGUUUCUUUUUUGGUAAUGGACUCCAUCCUGUGUAAUCUGUGGUAGAAUUGUUUUGGCUUACUUGAGAAUCUCCUAGUGUAAAACUGUGGGAUUGCAUUUUGGAGUUUGUAUUGGCUUUUCUGUAGUAAUGUAAAUUUGCUCUGUUGGAAUAACCUGCUACGGCUGCUAGUAAAAGGAAUUUGGCCCAGCGAUGGCUAAUGAGUUCAAUUAAAUUUUAGAUGUUUGGUUGGGACUUGCUGAAACAUGUGGUUACUCUUACUCUAGAUCUUUAUGGCUGGCCUUCCUCUCA